ACCUUCAGCUUGCGCCUCUUGAGGUGUGCUUAGGAUCAUUAUCCUGUUGCAGAAGCCAUCCUCUUUUCAUCUUCAGCUUUUUUACAGACUGUGUGAUGUUUGCUUCCAGAAUUUGCUAUUAUUUAAUUGAAUUCAUUCUUCCCUCUACCAGUGAAAUGUUCCCUGUGCCACUGGCUGCAACACAAGCCCAAAGAAUGAUCUGUCCACCCCUGUGCUUAACAGUUGGAGAGGUAUUCUCUUCAUGAAAUUCUGCACUCUUUUUUUCUCCAAACAUACCUUUGCUCAUUGCAGCCAAAAAGUUCUAUUCAAAAGGUUCAAAGGAGCAUCUAAACAAGCCUGAUGCAUUUUGGAAACAAGUCCUGUGGACUGAUGAAGUUAAGAUAGAACUUUUUCUGAUAAUAUUGAGUAAUUGUGGCCCCAUAUUUGGUCAAAGCUAUUGGUAUUUAAGGAACAGGAGAGAAAAUUCAUUCAGUGUUGUCCUGGUUUUGAAUGAGAUGAGUUAAUCCUGGCCCAAGCUAUUUCUGUUUAUCUACCUACCCAGCACAAUUUUCCAUCUGAUAUUGGUCAGACAUGGAACUGGAGAAACUGCUGGAUAAUUACAAUGCCCUUCACAUCUCCGAAAGUGUGCUGGAGACUUUAUUUAGUGAAAAAAAAAUGUAUUAACCAGGAAUGGAAGUGAGAAGUAAGGAUGGGUAUUAAAUAGAAAUGUGUUCAUUGUUAUGGAGAUGGUGCAGAAGAUAGUUUCUGAUAUGAGGAAGUUUGGAUCCAUCGUCGAAUAAUUCUAUAAAUGUAUGACUGGAUUUGUCAACCUCUGGGAGAAAAGCAAAUGCAGGGGUAGAGUGAAAUAUUAGCUUUAAGUUCUUUGGCAUACACAUCACAGAGGAUCACACGUGGUCUAUACGUUCCAGCUGUGUGGUGAAAAAGGCACAACAGUGCCUCUUUCACCUCAGGUGGUUGAAGAAGUUUAGUAUGGGCCCUCAAAUCCUAAGGACUUUCUACAGGGGCACAAUUGAGAGCAUCCUGACUGGCUGCAUCACUGCCUGGUAUGGGAAUUGUACUUCCCUCAAUCGCAGGACUCUGCAGAGAGUGGUGCGGACAGCCCAGCGCAUCCGUAGAUGUGAACUUCCCAUUAUUCAGGACAUUUACAGAGAUGGGUGUGUAAAAAGGGCCCGAAGGAUCAUUGGGGACCAAGUCACCCCAACCACAAACUAUUCCAGCUGCCACCAUCCGGGAAGCGGUAUUGUAGCAUAAAAGCCAGGGCCAACAGGCUCUGGGACAGCUUCUUCCACCAGGUCAACAGACUGAUUAAUUCAUGCUGACACAACUGUAUUUUAUGUUAUAUUGUCUGUCCUGUUGUACAUACUAUUUAUUUAUAAAUUACUAUAAAUUGCACAUGGCACAUUUAGACGGAGACGUAAAGUAAUGAUAUUUACACUUCAUUUUUAUGAAGAAUGUAAGUAAUAAAGUCAAUUCAAUUCAACUUCAGAGAAACUGAGGAUAGUGAAUAGUAUUGAGGUACCACAUAAAUGAUACUACUUUAUCCACUACUGCUAUUAGGUGACCUGUUAGCAGUAGCAAGAUACUUGUAAUUCAAAAUUAAAUCUUUGCACUACAGCCAGUUUUUUUGUGAACAGAGCAAUCCUUGAGUAGUCAGAUUUCACUAUAUGUUUAUAUGCCUCAGUUGGAUCAUUUAUAUUCAAGAAAAAAGUCAAGUGCAUGUUUCAGAAGCUGAUUUACGAGUUGUUUACAUCAGGGAUUAGAGGAAGUGUAAUAUCUUUUAUCUAGUUUGAACAGUGUUUGGUUUCAGGGUGAAUUAGUGGAAUCCCUAUAUAUUUCUAGCAACUGGAUGAAAAAGCCUUUUGCCAGAUGCUGGAGAAUUACUGAAUAUUAGUAUAGUUCGUUUGUAACUGCUUUUUCCCUUUUCCACUAAUUCUAAGGUCUGAUUUUGUUUUUAUUCUGCCUGCAACAGAUUUAUUUUCCAUUUUACUGUCCUGAAGUUGUUGUAGGUACCUGCCAUUGGAAAAUAAAUAAGGCCAUUGCAUAUGUUAUGAUUUAAGCAGCUAGACUUUGUGUUUGAGUGUUGGAUCAUGGAUAUUUCCUAUAGUGAGCAAGGUUAAGACCAGAGGACACAACUUCAGAAUAGAAGGAUGUCCUUCUAGAAGAGAUAAAUAAUUUCUUUAGCCUUAGGAUGGUGAAUCUUUGGAAUUCUUUGCUGCAGUUGGCUGUUUAUUUAAAGCAGAGGUUGAUAGGUUUUUGAUUAGUAGGGGCAUCGAAGAUUAUGGGAAGGCAGGAAAAUGGGAUUGAGAUCAAUAAUAAAUCAACCAUGAUGGGAUGACCAAGCAGGUUGAAUGGCCUAUUUCUGCACCUGUUUCUUAUAGAUGGUAUAUGUGUUGUGUAGAUCAGUAGCACAGAACCAAAGCAGUCUUCUGAGUCUGGGCUAGCUGAUCUUAGAUCUAAUCAAAAUGAAGUAGCUCUUUUUCCAUUAUUACUGCUGGCUUAUGCACUAUUCCUUGAACUAUUAUGGUUUUCUCUAAUUUGGCUAAAUUCUAGUCUUUAGAUUGAAGCAGCCAAUAGAUGGUCUGUUUUAUUGUCCAGGGUGGAGACACUCUUCCAGCUUGUGGUGACCAUGUGGUGGAAGUCACAAAGGCAUCUCUCCUACCAGUUGCAUGGAACCCACUGUAACCUGUGCCUGUGAAUGGCCAGUCUGGGAAUUCAGUGACAGAGAAUUUUGCUGAUGCCUCACAAUUUGCAAUGUUGACAUUAACACUGAAGCAACAUUUUAAAGUAACAUAUUCACAAAGUUUACACUACAUCCUGUUGAACAAGAGAAAGGAUUCAUAGUAUAACUGGAAGACAGAUUUAUAAGGGAAGAUUGGACAAUCUUAGAUUGUUUCCUCUGGAAGCUGGAUUGGUUCUGGGAACUAAAGGGUUAAUGCAGGAGUGGUGUUUGGCUUUGGGCCUGUACUUGCUGGAAUUUAGAAGAAUGAAGGAAUCUCAUUGACACCUUAGGACUAGAUAGAGUACAUGUGGAGAGGUUGUUUCCUAUAGUGGGGUACUUUAUGACCAGAGAAUAGAGCUUCAGAAUAGAGGAACAUUCAUUUAGAGCAGAGAUGAGGAAUUUCUAUAGCCAUAUUCUUUAGGUGAAUCUGUGAAAUUUAUUGUCACAGAUUACUUUGGAGGCCAAGUCAUUGAGUAUAUUUAAAGAAGAGGUUGAUAGGUUCUUGAUUAGUCAGGGUGUCAGAGGUUAUGGGGAGAAAGCUGGAGAAUGAGGUUGAGAGGGAUAGUGAAUGGUGGAGCAGGCUCAAAUUUAGAAGGAUGAGAGGGGAUCUGAUUGGAACAUAUAAGAUUAUUAAGGGUUUGGACACACUAGAGGCAGGAAGCAUGUUCCCGCUGAUGGGCGAAUCCAGAACUAGAGGCCACAGUUUAAGAAUAAGGAGUAGGCCAUUUAGAAUAGAGAUGUGGAAAAACUUUUUCACCCAGAGAGUGGUGGAUAUGUGGAAUGCUCUGCCCCAGAAGGCAGUGGAGGCCAAGUCUCUGGAUGCAUUCAAGAGAGAGUUAGGUAGAGCUCUUAUAGAUAGUGGGGUCAAGGGAUAUGGGGAGAGGGCAGGAACGGGGUACUGAUUGUGGAUGAUCAGCCAUGAUCACAGUGAUUGGUGGUGCUGGCUAGAAGGGCCAAAUGGCCUACUCCUGCACCUAUUGUCUAUUGACGGGUUACACUUGAAUCCGAGGGAGACCAAUAUCCUGGCGGGAAGGUUUAAUAGAGCUGUUAGGGAGAGUUUAAACUAAUUUGGCAGGGGGAUGGGAACCGGAAUGAUGGAGCGGAGGAGAGGGAAAACAGAAAUAGAUCUAAGGUAGUGAGCAGUAAGGAUGUCAGGAAGAUCAGGCAGGUAAUGGAGCAAAUUUGCAGCCACUGGGAUGAGUUGCAGUGCAAUCAAUGCAAAAAGUACUAAAUACUCGACUUAAGGUGUUAUACUCAAAUGCACGCAGCAUUAGGAAUAAGGUGGAUGAUCUUGUUGUACAGUUACAGAUUAGCAGGUAUGAUGUGGCCAUCACUGAGACGUGGCUGAAGGUUGCAUGUCUCUGGGAGCUGAACAUCCAAGGAUACACGGUGUAUCGGAAGGAUAGGCAGCAACAUUAGGAUGUCCCAGAAUAAUGCGCAGCCAACUGAUUAUCUUUUGAAUUAUGGAAAUACAGCAACCAUUUUAUUGUGUGCAGUAGACGCAGACUGCAAUUACUGGAAUCUUGGAGAGAAAAAAAACAAACUGCUGAAGGAACUCAGUAUGUCAGGCAACAUCUGGAGGCAGAAGAACAGUCGACAUUUUGGGCUGUGAGCAGGAAUCUGUAGGUAGAAAAAUGCUAUGUGGAACUUGAUGUUUGGUGGAUGGAACCAGUUGGGGAAGGGAAUAAACCUGGUGAUGGGUUGUGAGAGGCUUGAAGAACAAGGGCAGAAAAAGCACCAUGGAGUUGGAAGUUUCAGUCUUCAUAGCACUGGGAUUGCAGACUUUAAGCAGAAUGUGAAGUACUGUUCUCAGUUAUGUUUGGCCUCACCCUGGCAGGGGAGAAGGCUGAGGACAGUGUGAAGAGGAAGGUGAGUAGGGUGGGUGUGGUGGAAGGUGUAAUUUGUUCAGUUUCUCUGGUACUGGGUGACAAAGAAACCUUGUCUCAGAUGUGGCCUACUUGCCAAAAAAAAAGUAAACAUUCCAACAUACUAUCUAAAAGAGCACCAUUAUAAUGCCAUUACUGUAAGAUAGAGCUUAUACCGUGAGGUGCCACAGUAGCGCAGCAGUUAGCAGAACACUAUUUCAGCUUGGGGCAUUGGAGUCAUUUCUAACUUCAUCAGCGUGUCCUUCCUGUGGAAUGUAUGUUUUCUCCAUCCUCUGGUUUCUUCCAAAGGCAUACCAGUUGUAGGCUAGGGUUUUGUCAGUGGUUGCUGGACGGUGCAGCUUGAAGGGAUGGAAGGGCCUAUUCUGUGCUAUAUCUUUAAACAUAGAAAACCUACAGCACAAUACAGGGCCUUCAGCCCACCCUAGAACUACCUAGGCUUAGCCACAGCCCUCUAUUUUUCUAAGCUCUAUGUACCUAUCCAGGAGUCUCUUAAAAGACUAUCGUUACCACCUCCACCACCGCUAUUAGCAACCCAUUCCACGCACUCACCACUCCCUGCGUAAAAAAAAACUUAACCCUGACAUCUCCCCUGUACCUACUUCGAAGCACCUUAAAACUGUGCCUUCUCAUGCUAGCCAUUUCAGCCCUGGGAAAAAGCCUCUGACUAUCCACACAAUCAAUGCCUCUCAUUAUCUUGUACACCUCUAUUUGGUCACCUCUCAUCUUCCAUCUCUCCAAGGAGAAAAGGCUGAGUUCACUCCACCUAUUCAAUCCAGACAACAUCCUUGUAACUCUCCUCUGCACCCUUUCUAUGGUUUCCACGUCCUUAAUGUAGUGAGAAUUGAACACAGUACUCUAGUCGGGCCUAUAUAGCUGCAACAUUAUCUCUUGGCAUUUAAACUCAAUCCUACAGUUGAUGAAGGCCAGUGCACUGUAUGCCUUCUUAACCACUGAGUCAACCUGCGUAUCAGCUUUGAGUGUCCUAUAGACUCGAACCUCAAGAUCCCUCUGAUCCUCCACACUGCCAAGAGUCUUACCAUUAAUUCUAUAUUCUGCCAUCAUAUUUGACCUACCAAAAUGAACCACCUCACACUUAUCUGUGUUGAACGCCAUCUGCCACUUCUCAGCCCAGUUUUGCAAACUAUCAAUGUCCCACUGUAACCUCUGACAGCCCUCCACAUGAUGCACAAUACCCCCAACCUUUGUGUCAUCAGCAAAUUUACUAAACCAUCCCUCCACUUUCUCAUCCAGGUCAUUUAUUAAAAAACCCACAAAUAGUAGGGGUCCCAGGACAGAUCCCUGAGGCACACCACUGGUCACUGACCUCCAUGCAGAAUAUGACCCAUCUACAAUUACUCUUUGCCUUCCGUGGGCAAGCCAGUUCUGGAUCCACAAAGCAAGGUCCCCUUGGAUCCCAUGCCUCCUUACUUUCUCAGUAAGCCUUGCAUAGGGUACCUUAUCAAAUGCCUUGCUGAAAUCCUAAACAGAUGUACUGUUUUGGAUACUGUUGGGGGAGAUGUCUCAUCAGGGGAAGGCAUCAGCAGCCGAGUUCAUUGCACCACGGGUGGCUCUGUGGCACAGGAGGGAAGGAAAAGGAGUGGGAGAGCUAUAGUGAUAGGGGAUUCGAUUGUAAGGGGAAUAGAUAGGCUUUUCUGCGGCCUCAAACGAGACUCCAGGAUGGUAUGUUGCCUCCCUGGUGCAAGGGUCAAGGAUGUCUCUGAGCGGCUGCAGGACAUUCUGGAAUGGGAGGGUGAACAGCAGUGGUCGUGGUGCACAUAGGUACCAACGAUAUAGGUAAAAAAACGGGAUGAGGUCCUAUGAGGUGAAUUUAGGGGGUUAGGAGAUAAACUAAAAAGUAGGACCACAAAGGUAAUAAUCUCUGGAUUACUACCAGUGCCACGUGCUAGUCAGAGUAGAAAUAGGAGGAUGUUUCAGAUGAAUACGUGGCUUGAAAAAUGGCGCUGGGGGAGGGAUUCAAAUUUCUGGGGCAUUGGAACCAGUUCUGGGGGAGGUGGGACUGGUAUAAACAGGACAGUCUGCACCUGGGCUGGACUGGAACCAAUGUCCUAGGGGGAGUGUUUGCUACUGCUGUUCAGGAGGCUUUAAACUAAUGUGGCAGGGGGAUGGGAACAAGUGCAGAGAGACAGAGGGGUGUAAAAUGAGGGUAGAAGCAAAAAGUAGUAAGGUGAAAAGUAAAAGUGGCAGGCAGGCAAAUCCAGGGCAAAAAGCAAAAAGAGCCACUUUUCAACAUAAUUGUAUAAGGGCUAAGAGUGUUGUAAAAACAAGCCUGAAGGUUUUGUGUGUCAAUGCAAGGAGCAUUCGUAACAAGGUGGAUGAAUUGAAUGUGCAGAUAGUUAUUAAUGAAUAUGAUAUAGUUGGGAUCACAGAGACAUGGCUCCAGGGUGACCAAGGAUGGGAGCUCAACAUCCAGGGAUAUUCAAUAUUCAGGAGGGAUAGACAGGAAAGAAAAGGAGGUGGGGUAGCAUUGCUGGUUAGAGAGGAGAUUAAUGCAAUAGAAAGGAAGGACAUUAGCCUGGAGGAUGUGGAAUCGAUAUGGGUAGAGCUGCAUAACACUAAGGGGCAGAAAACGCUGGUGGGAGUUGUGUGCAGGCCACCUAACAGUAGUAGUGAGGUUGGGGAUGGCAUUAAACAGGAAAUUAGAAAUGCGUGCAAUAAAGGAACAGUAGUUAUAAUGGGUGACUUCAAUCUACAUGUUCAUUGGGUGAACCAAAUUGGUAAGGGUGCUGAGGAAGAGGAUUUCUUGGAAUGUAUGCAGGAUGGUUUUCUGAACCAACAUGUCAAGGAACCAACUAGAGAGCAGGCCAUUCUAGAUUGGGUAUUGAGCAAUGAGGAAGGGUUAGUUAGCAAUCUUGUUGUGCGAGGCCCCUUGGGUAAGAGUGACCAUAAUAUGGUGGAAUUCUUCAUUAAGAUGGAGAGUGACAUAGUUAGUUCAGAAACAAAGGUUCUGAACUUAAAGAAGGGUAACUUUGAAGGUAUGAGACAUGAAUUAGCUAAGAUAGACUGGUAAAUGAUACUUAAAGGGUUGAUGGUGGAUAUGCAAUGGCAAGCAUUUAAAGAUCACAUGGAUGAACUACAACAAUUGUUCAUCCCAGAUUGGCAAAAGAAUAAACCAGGGAAGGUAGUGCACCAUUGGCUGACAUGGGAAAUUAGGGAUAAUAUCAAGUCCAAUGAUGAAACAUAAAUUAGCAAAAAAAAAGCGGCACGCCUGAGGACUGGGAGAAAUUCAGAGACCAGCCAGCAGAGGAGGACAAAGGGCUUAAUUAUGAAAGGGAAAAAAGAUUGAGAGAAAGCUGGUAGGGAACAUAAAAACUGACUGUAAAAGCUUUUAUAGAUAUGUGAAAAGAAAAAGGUUGGUCAAGACAAAUGUAGGUCCUUUACAGUCAGAAACGGGUGAAUUGAUCAUAGGGAACAAAGACAUGGCAGACCAAUUGAAUAACUACUUUGGUUCUGUCUUCACUAAGGAGGACAUAAAUAAUCUUCCGGAAGUAGUAAGGGACCGAGGGUCUAGUGAGAUGGAGGAACUGAGGGAAAUACAUGUUAGUAGGGAAGUGGUGUUAGGUAAAUUGAUGGAAUUAAAGGCAGAUAAAUCUCCAGGGCCAGAUGGUCUGCAUCCCAGAGUGCUUAAGGAAGUAACCCAAGAAAUAGUGGAUGCAUUAGUGAUAAUUUUUCAAAACUCCUUAGAUUCUGGAUUAGUUCCUGAGGAUUGGAGGGUGGCUAAUGUAACCCCACUUUUUAAAAAAGGAGGGGGAGAGAAACCGGGGAAUUAUAGACCGGUUAGUCUGACAUCAGUGGUGGGGAAAAUGCUAGAGUCGGUUAUCAAAGAUGUGAUAACAGCACAUUUGGAAAGAGGUGAAAUCAUCAGACAAAAUCAGCAUGGAUUUGUGAAAGGAAAAUCAUGUCUGACGAAUCUUAUAGAAUUUUUUGAAGAUGUAACUAGUAAGAGUGGAUGUGGUAUAUUUAGACUUUCAAAAGGCUUUUGACAAGGUCCCACACAGGAGAUUAGUGUGCAAACUUAAAGCACACGGUAUUGGGGGUAUGGCAUUGAUGUGGAUAGAGAAUUGGUUGGCAGACAGGAAGAGUGGGAGUAAAUGAGACCUUUUCAGAAUGGCAGGCAGUGACUAGUGGGGUACCACAAGGCUCAGUGCUGGGACCCCAGUUGUUUACAAUAUACAUUAAUGAUUUAGACAAGGGAAUUAAAUGCAGCAUCUCCAAGUUUGCAGAUGACACGAAGCUGGGUGGCGGUGUUAGCUGUGAGGAGGAUGCUAAGAGGAUGCAGGGUGACUUGGAUAGGUUAGGUGAGUGGGCAAAUUCAUGACAGAUACAAUUUAAUGUGGAUAAAUGUGAGGUUAUCCACUCUGGUUGCAAGAACAGAAAAAUAGAUUAUUUUCUGAAUGGUGGCCGAUUAGGAAAAGGGGAGGUGCAAUGAGACCUGGGUGUCAUUGUACACCAGUCAUUAAAAGUGGGCAUGCAGGUACGGCAGGCGGUGAAAAAGGCAAAUGGUAUGUUGGUAUUCAUAGCAAGAGGAUUUGAGUACAGGAGCAGGGAGGUUCUACUGCAGUUGUACAAGGCCUUGGUGAGACCGCACCUAGAAUAUUGUGUGCAGUUUUGGUCCCCUAAUCUGAGGAAAGACAUUCAUGCCAUAGAGGGAGUACAGAGAAGGUUCACCAGAUUGAUUUCUGGGAUGGCAGGACUUUCAUAUGAAGAAAGACUGGAUUGACUGGGCUUAUACUCACUGCAAUUUAGAAGAUUGAGGGGGGAAUCUUAUUGAAACAUAUAAAAUUCUAAAGGGAUUGGACAGGCUAGAUGCAGGAAGAUUGUUUCCGAUGUUGGGGAAGUCCAGAACGUGGGGUCACAUUUUAAGGAUAAAGGGGAAGCCUUUUAGGACCGAGAUGAGGAAAAACUUCUUUACACAGAGAGUGGUGAAUCUGUGGAAUUCUCUGCCACAGGAAACAGUUGAGGCCGGUUCAUUGGCUAUAUUCAAGAGGGUUAGAUAUGGCCCUUGUGGCUAAAGGGAUCAGGGGGUACGGAGAGAAAGCAGGUACAGGGUUCUGAGUUGGAUGAUCAGCCAUGAUCAUAUUGAAUGGUGGUGCAGGCUCGAAGGGCCGAAUGGCCUACUCCUGCACCUAUUUUCUAUGUUUCUAAAUCCAUAUAAACUACAUCUACAGCUCUACCUUCAUCAAUGUGUUUAGUCACAUCCUCAAAAAAAUUCAAUCAGGCUUGUAAGGCAUGACCUGCCUUUCACAAAGCCAUGCUGAAUAUUCCUAAUCUUUGAAUAAGUAGUACAUUUCCCCAGUGCACCUUUAAACAGUUAGGAUAAGUAUUCUGCUUUGGUCUGUGACUGAAGUUGAAAUCAUCUGUUAUGAGUGUGCAACCUCCAUCCAAGUUCCCCAGAAACUCUGCUGCUGAAGCCAUCUUCAAUAUCUGCAAGGUUCAGUGCCUGCACACUGAGCAAUACAGAAGUUAAGUCAAUGUCAAGGUUAAAGGAUGCAGGUGAAAAGAUGGUGUGCCACUUCUCCAGUUUGUUUUGCAUUUCUUUUAACAAAGGCAAAGAGGAAGGUGUGGGUUAGAGCAUUGAAAUGUGACAUUAUCUUACGCUUGGUCAGAAUUGGACGCCUAAUUUGAGUUUUCUAAUGUGGAGAGAGGUAUUGCUUUUUAUGACUGAAUGUAAUUAGGUGAUGUGGUAACUUGUUAACCCUGUCAAUUAAUUUCUGAAUACAUCUGGAUUCCCUUCAAUUUGUGUUCUUUUAAUUUAAGUAGAACCGUAGAACACUACAACACAGAAAACAGGCCAUUCGGCCCUUAUAGUCUGUGCCAAAACUUUAUUCAGCUAGUUCCAUUGACCUGCACCCAGUCCAUAACCCUCCAGACUUCUCCCAUCCAUGUAUCUAUUCAACUUAUUCUUAAAACUUGAGAGUGAACCUGCAUUUACCAUGUCAGAUGGCAGCUCGUUCCAUACUCCCCCCCACUCUGAGUGAAGAAGAUCCCCCUAAACCUUUCUCCUUUCACCCUAAAGCCAUGUCCUCUCAUAUUUAUCUCAAAAAGUCCAAGUGGAAAGAACCUACUCGCAUUUACUCUGUCUAUACCCCUCAAUUUUGUAAACCUCUAUCAAAUCCCCCCCUCAUUCUUCUACGCUCCAAGGAAUAAAGUCCUAACCUGUUCAAUCUUUCUCUGUAACUCAACUCCUGAAGUCCCAGCAACAUCCUGGUAAAUCUUCUUUCUACUCUUUGAAAUCUUACUGAUAUCCUUCCUAUAGUUAGGUGACCAGAACUGCACACAAUACUCCAAAUUUGGCCUCACCAAUGUCUUUUACAACCUCACCAUAACAUCCCAACUCUUAUACUCAGUACUUUGAUUUAUGAAUGCCAGGAUGCCAAAAGCCUUCUUUACAACCCUGUUUAUCUGCGAAACCACUUUCAGGGAAUUAUGUAUCUGAACUCCCAGAUCCCUUUGUUCCUCCACACUCCGCAAUGCCCUACCAUUUGUUGUGUAUGUCCUACUUUGAUUUGUCCUUCCAAAAUGCAACACCUCACACUUGUCUGCAUUAAAUUUCAUCUGCCAUUUUCUGGCCCAUUUUUCCAGUUGGUCCAGAUCCCUCUGCAAGCUUUGAAAACCUUCCUCACUGUCCUCAACCCCUCCAAUCUUAGUGUCAUCAGCAAACUUGCUGAUCCAAUUUACCACAUUAUCAUCUAGAUCAGAGGUUGGCAACCUGUGGCUCCGGAGCCACAUGUGGCUCUUUCAUCUCUGUGAUGCGGCUCCCCGUGGUUUGUUAGCUUUUGAAAUGUGAUUCGAAAUUUGAAGAUUAUGGUGAUCUUGUACAAUCUAAAAACUUUGUGGAGACCCCAUUUCCUGGCACAUCCGAACUGGCUCACAAUUAGCCACCGUUCCGGCUAAGGGAGAUAGCCUACAGGGGUUUGUGAGUACGAGUCUUUUGGAGCAUCGGCGCCCACGGGGACGGGUUGAGGGAGGCUUUAAAUCAAGGCUGUUUAGUUCGAAUAAAGUUACCUUUGACUGCAGUGUCUUUAUUUUAGCACUGCGUGUAGCACACCGCUACAACGUGUUUUUUAUCGCUAUUAAUAUACAUCACCACUGCCAAUGCCUGACACCCGCCAGUGCGCGCUUUCUUUUAAUUCUUCGAUCCAAGGUAGGCUACCUAUGGAGUAACCUUCAACCCAACGUCUUUUCUUCGGAGUUCAAAAUGUUUUUGUUGC